UCUACUAGUCAAUAAUGCAGCAUACCGACGUAGCUCAGGUUAGUGUUACAGUGGAUGGGACUAUUAUUUGAACUUGAGAUAUAGUUUAAAAUUACAAUAUUUAUGAUGUACACUGUAUUAUGACUGAUUAUAUGAGUUACUCUCUUAAUUUCCUAAGUUGAUUCAUAAAAGGUUAUCUUAAGUUUGAGUACGUGCAGGUGAAAUGACCCUCGGUGUUAUCUAAGGUUUCAACGUUUUAUUGAAAGAUCAUUGGGUUUCCAAGAUGGAGCGACUUUAUCGAGACUUUUUAUUAGUUGUCAUCGUGUUUGUAGUUGUAACUGGUGUAAUUAAUUUUGCUUCCAUAUUUCGGUGCACCCCGAAGGAAAUUGUGAAAACUUUACCUUGUGUGAGGCACAUUUCUAAGUGUGCACCAAAUACCGAUCAAGUAAAGGAGAACGUGUUAUCAAACUUAACAGUACUGUGGGACACAACGUCAGGUAAAGAUAGGAUUUAUGAACAAAUAAAUUACAAACCGGAAGUGGAUUUAUCUCGUAAUAAGAUUAUAUUGAUAAGCGGAAGUGGAGAUUUUGACGUUCCAAGAGGACAAGAAAAGUUUAUUCAGGACAACUGUCCAAUAAGAAACUGUGAAAUUCACAGAGACGAUAAUCAAAAGCGAAAAGCCGACGCUAGACUUUUCAAUAUCAUGAUAAGUUUUAAUGAAUUACCAAUGUUUCAGAGGGAUCCAAAUGAAAUAUGGAUUCUUUAUAUUUUGGAGGGUCCAUUAGCUACACCUGAUUAUUUCUUGUUGGGUGAUGUAUUUAACUGGACAGUAACAUAUCGUCAUGAUUCAACUAUUGUAGCACCUUACGAAAAAUGGUUACCAUCCACAGAAAGUAAGAAUAAGACAGUACCGAAAAAUUAUGCAGCCGGGAAGAAAAAGCUAGUAGCAAUGUUUGUGUCUAACUGUGACACCAGUAAUAAUAGAAUGGGGUAUGUCACAGAGCUGCAAAAGUAUAUUCCUGUAGACGUAUACGGGGCUUGUGGAACUAAGCAGUGCGACAGAUCUGUGGAAUUGGAUUGUUUUAAAAUGUUGAAAAAUGAUUAUAAAUUUUAUCUAGCUUUUGAAAAUUCCAACUGCAGGGACUACAUAACAGAAAAAUUUUUCCGGAAUGCUCUUAUGAAUGACGUGGUUCCUGUGGUUAUGGGAGCGCACCCCGACGACUACAAAAGAUCCGCUCCACCAAAUUCUUACUUGCACGUAGAAGAAUUUGAAUCUUCUCAACAAUUAGCGAACUAUCUCAAGUCGUUAGAUGCAAACGACGAACUUUAUAAUGAAUAUUUCAAGUGGAAAGGAACAGGGGAGUUCAUAGACACUAAAUUCUGGUGUAGAUUAUGUGCAAUGAUAAAUGAUAUUAAUAAACCAAAUCUCGUCGUACGAGAUCUUUCAUCUUGGUGGAAAAAACCGGAAAUUUGUAUACGAGGUGAUCAAAGAUGGCGAAGGUGACCAUAUCGAAUCUAGCUGCUUUUAU